AUUGUACCAGUUUUACUGCAUCCAAACAACAACCAUCGAUCUUGGGCCCUCUCUGGGGGUGCACACUUCGUCAAGCGAUUGCGCGCGCGUUUGCUUUUGGAUGCUUCUCUAAGGAAGACGACCAUCGGAGCGGUGACAUCGGAAGACCAGAAGGAGAGAAGGAGCGUAACGACGCACACACACAACAACAACAACAACAACAACAAAAAAUCAACCGGAAUGGGUCUAUUUUUAUGCUACACGCUGCUGACGCUCGCGGUCACUUUCACUGGAAAUGCGUACGGUGGCAAUCUGGUGAAACGGAGUCUCAAAAACACGGUUCUCUGCCUCGAGGAUGGACGGUUUUACAGAAAUCCGGACCGACCCGAGCACAAGAUGUGGACCAAUGCCGAGUGUGCCAAGUACUAUCUCUGCCUGGACGGGGAAGUGUUCGAGUUUAAAUGCUCCGUCGGGCUGCUGUUCGAUGUGUCGCGGCAAAUCUGCGACUUUAAGCAGAAUGUGGACAACUGCGACGUUACAGCAGAGAAGCGCGUUCCAAAACCGCUGCUGGAAAAUGCCAAAUGUGAGGAACGGUCACAGCUGGGCUGCGGCGACGGGACGUGCCUACCGAACGAGUACUUCUGCGACGGUUCGGUCGACUGUGAGGACGGUUCGGACGAGGGCUGGUGCGACGUGGAGAACGAUCCGAACGCGGCCGACCCGUGCGAUCUGUCCGUGUGCGAGCUGCCGGACUGUUUCUGCUCCAAGGACGGUACGGUCAUCCCGGGCCGGCUGGAGCGCUACCACACGCCGCAGAUGAUUCUGCUCACCUUUGACGAUGCGAUCAACUUCGAGAACUGGGAGCUGUACACGGAGAAGAUCUUCACGCCGGGCCGCAAAAACCCGAACGGGUGUCCGAUUCGGGCGACGUUCUUCAUCUCCCACCAGUACACCAACUACGCCCAGGUGCAGCGGGCGUGGAACGACGGGCACGAGAUUGCGGUCCACUCGAUCACACACCGGGGGCCGGAAGAGUGGUGGUCGCGCAACGCCACCAUCGAGGACUGGUUCGACGAGAUGGUGGGCCAGGCGAACAUUAUCAAUCGCUUCUCGAACGUGCGCAUGGAGGAGCUGCGCGGGAUGCGGGUGCCGUUUUUGCGCGUCGGCUGGAACAGACAGUUUCUGAUGAUGAAGGAGUUUGGCUUCGUGUACGACUCGUCGAUGGUGGCCCCGUUCUCGAAUCCGCCGCUGUGGCCGUACACGCUCGACUACAAGAUGCCGCACGCGUGCAACGGCAACAACCAGUACUGUCCGUCCCGCAGCUACCCGGGCAUCUGGGAGCUGGUGAUGAACCAGCUCGAGGCGGGCGAGUACACGUGCGGCAUGGUGGACACCUGCCCGCCGCACAUGAACGGCGAGGACGUGUACCGGAUGUUUGUGCACAACUUUAAGCGCCACUAUCACUCGAACCGGGCACCGCUGGGCCUGUACUUUCACUCCACGUGGUUCCGCAAGCAGGAGUAUCUCGACGCUUUCCUGAGAUUCCUGGACGAUAUGGCAAAGUAUCCGGAUGUGUACUUCGUCACCAACCAUCAGGCGAUCGAGUGGAUGCGCAAUCCGACCACCUCGAACCAGCUCGGCCACUUCGAGCCGUGGCAGUGCCGCCCGAAGCAGCUCGACCCGCAGGAGCAGGCGUGCAAUCUGCCCCGCACCUGCAAGCUGCACAGUCGCGUCCUGCAGCAGGACCGCUACCUCUCCACCUGCAACGAAUGUCCGGCACAGUAUCCAUGGAUACGGAAUGAGUUCGGAUUGGACUGAGCAGAGGAGCGUGGCUGUGGUUGUGUUUCGAGUAGGUUGGAAUUUAUUUACACGAAGAAUCAACUCAACACCGAUUAGAAGUUAAGUAGGCGAGCUUGGUUGGGGCAACGUCGAUCCACAAUUGCACCACAACACGUGGCGUAGGAGUUCGAACGUUCCACCAUUUUUGUUUUAUAUGUACUUUGUUGUUCUGUUGUGUUGUGGCUUAAAUGCUUCCUCUGUGCUAUUUUUGUUUGAGUUAUAAUUUUAACAACUAUUGUUAGCGGUUUGGCCCGUGACCGCGGGAAAAAGGCACCACCGUGGGAGUGUGUGAGUGUGUCUGCGACGAACGAUAAAAUCAAAGCCCAGACGGGGGCAGUGGGGAAAGUCGUUUUCCACACUCGAGUUCUGGUAGAAGUGUUAGGAGUAAGUUACUUAAGCAUAAGUUAAUAAAUUGAUCGAUUUACCGAUCUCUCUUCCAGAAA